CCCCUAGCGGCAAGAUACCUUCUCGCGUCACCGACUGUUCCCAAAUUGUUGACGUGGUGCGGUUCGCUACCGGACAGGAAGGAUGGCCGACCAGAGCAGGCAAAUUAAACUCGCCGCAGCCAAGAAAAAGCUGAAGGAGUUUCAGCAGAAGAGUUCUCCUGCCAGUGGAGGAGGGGGUGGAAAUGGAGGAGGAGGACCAGGUGCCAAGAAGAAGAGGAAGGGAGGGAGCCAACCAGACACACCCUCGGCUGACCUACACUCUCCAGACAAUAUUCAGAGUAUUCUGAAAGUUCAUAGUCAGACCAAUGGAUUAGCUCUGCCUCCCUUUGGCAACAGCCAGGCCCACAUUGAUGAGGAGGUGAGAAGGUCCCCUGUCACCCAGCUACUGGAGGACCCAAACGGAGAGGCCGGCCGCAGCUCCCCUGGUUAUAACCCUGCUAGCUCUAUGUCUGCUACUAACACUGAGUGUGUCAGCCACGCCCACAACACUGACAUGCAGAAGAACUGCACCCCUGACGCCAACGGCAAUGAAAACCAUGCGGAUGAGAAUAGACCCCUUUCAUCCACAGAGAGCCUGCGGCAGCUCUCCCAACAGCUCAACGGACUGCUCUCUGGGUCAUCCACCACCUAUGUAAAUGGAGACGGUGCUCCCUCGCCUGCCAAUGAAAAAGAACUGGAGAGUCGAAACCAGGAGCUGGCAACCGCACUGGACUCCAGCAACCUAACAAACUCUCAGCUCAGUACCAAGCUAGACCUGCUGACCAAGCAAUCUCAGGAGCUCACAGAUCAGCUGCAAAAGGAGCGAAAGGAGUUUGAACUGAAAUGUGUGAGGGAGCAAGGAGCCAUGCGAGAACAAUUACAGGUCCACAUCCAGACCAUCGGCAUCCUGGUGUCGGAGAAAUCGGAGCUGCAGACCGCACUGUCAUACACACAGCAGGCUGCCCGCCAGAAAACAGGAGAGGCUGAGGAGCUGAGUAACCGUCUCCAGGCCACCAAACAGAGAGUCUCUGAGCUGGAGAGAACCCUGUCCUCUGUCUCCACACAACAGAAACAGUUUGACAAGCAUAACAAAGAGCUAGAAGAGAGGGACAACCUGAGGCUAGAGGUGUACAGACUAAAUAGUGUGAGUGAGGAGAGGAGGCAGCAGAGUUCAGAGCUGUCAGAGCAGCUCAAGCUGAAGGUGAGUGAGAACAGUGCUAUGAGACUGAACCUGGAUGAACUGCGCAAGAGACUGGAGAUGGCUGACGUCAUGCUGCAACAGUUUUCCAGUCAGUCAGGGCCUCCCAGUGCCAACCAGCAGAUGCAGUUACUACUGGAGGAGAAAUUACAGAUUGAGGUGCACACUGCUCAGUUAAUGGAGUCGGUGGCCCAGCUGCAGACAGAGAGAGACCGUUACGCUGAGCAGAUCCAGGAGGAGGGACGAGUAUGGAAGGAUAAGACAGAGCAGCUGCUCUCUCAGGUGACACUAGUAGCAGAGGAGAGAGACAGGAGCAUCAGUCAGAUCCAGGAGCUAGAAGCCCACAUCACAGACCUGAAGCACGCUGCAGCCCGUUUGUCCCAUGAGAGAGAGGCCCAGGUAGAUCCCCAGCCCUCAGGGCCCUCGGCGAGUGAACUGGCCCUCCAGGAAGCCCUCAGCAGCCUGCAGCAGGAGAGAGACUCUCUCAACACACAGUUCCAGGCCCAGCUACAUGACAACGAGCAGCUGAGUCGUAUGUGCUCGGAGCAGGAGUCCCGUCUCUCGGAGCUGGAGCGCCAUGCGGAGCGCGGGGCCGAGGAUGCAGAGGACCGCAGGCGCAUGCUGGAGGACGUGCAGAGCGACAAGGCCACCAUCAGCCGCGCCCUGGCCCAGAACCGCACCCUUAAAGACCAGCUGGCUGAGCUGCAGAACGGCUUCGUCAAACUGACUAAUGAGAACAUGGAGCUGACUACUGCUCUGCAGUCAGAGCAUCACGUCAAGAAGGAGCUGGGACGCAAGAUGGGACAACUACAGGAGGACCUGCAUAACUUCAAGGAGCAGUUGGAGCUGAAGUCUCUGGAGUACCAGGCACUGCUGGAGCAACGGGACCAGAUAGUGGCCCACCUACAGCAGUACUCUGCAGGCUACACGGCCCUGGCAUCUGAGCGGGAGCAGCUCCACAGACAGUACUUGCAGCAGAGCCAGCUGAUGGACCGGCUGCAGCAUGACGAGACCCAUGGAAGGGUUCAACUGGAGAUGAGCCACAAACAGCUGGAGCAAUACCAGGAGAGGCUGGAGCAGUUGUCCAGAGACAACGAGCAGCUGAAGGCUGAAGUCACAGAGCUGCUCAACAGCUCAGCCCUGGCCACACCCCCCAGAGACCAGGGAGACGGAGUGGAGAGCCAAUCCCUGCCAGAAAGCCCACAGAAGUCCUCCAUUGCUAUCCCAGAAGACUUUGAGAGCCGGGAAGAGAUGGAGGAGUUUGUGCGCGAUGCAGUGGCACGUGUGGUGGCAGAGAGAGAUGAGGUGAGGAGCAGACUGGAGGAGGAGAGGAGACUGCACCUUGCAGCCCGUCACCAGGCUGCAGCACCCAGCAUGGAGUUCCAGCACCACAGUCAUGACCAUGAACACAACCAUGACCACAGUCACGGCCACACUCACAGCCAUGAUGACCACAGUCACUGUGAACACACAGUCUCCGGGUCAGAGGGCGUACCAGUGGAGGUACACGAGGCCCUGUGUGUUGCCAUGGAGAAGCUCCAACACCGCUUCACCUCGCUGAUGCAGGAGAAGGCUGACCUGAAGGAGAGGGUAGAGGAGCUGGAACACCGCUGUAUACAGCUGUCUGGAGAGACUGAUACUAUAGGAGAGUACAUUGCCCUGUACCAGAACCAGAGAGCUGUCAUGAAGCAGAAACACACGGAAAAGGAGCAGUACAUUAGUAUGUUGGCCCAGGACAAAGAGGAGAUGAAGGCCAAACUGGCAGAGCUGCAGGACCUGGUCAUGAGGUUGGUGGGUGAGAGGAACGAGUGGUACAGCCGCUAUGCUGGGGUGGUGGCUAGAGCUGACACUACAGCUAACCCUGACCUGCUGCCAGCUGGGGAGGACCAUGUCCAGUCCCACCACGCACACAGACGCAUGGAGCUCAAUGCUGUAGACGGACAAGAGUCUAUGGAUCUAAGUAAAGCUAUGGAAUCUGACUCCACCACCCCUAAUACCCCUCACAGUGUACCGUCAGACUUGGUCCAGAGGCUCCCCCCAGAUUCACAGGCUCUGAGGCCCCAUGAGGAUGGCACAGCCAGGCAGAUCAUGCAGCUGCUCCAGGAGAUCCAGGGGCCCCGCACCGUGCCCUUCCUGGGGGACAAUCCCUGCAUCCCCUUCUUCUACCGGCCUGACCAGCAGGACGAAGUCAAGAUCCUGGUGGUCUGAUGAUGAGACUAUGGAGCCAACUGGCAAAGUUGGUUUGGAUCCCUGGCAAUGUUGAAGGAUCUCUGAACACACACACCAUUCCACCACGUCACACUUAGGUCAUCUAGGAUCACACGUACACACACUUCUGGGUAUACGGUCUCACACACAUGCGCACUCUCCCCCCCCCCCCGACAUAUUCAAAUUUCUGGAGAGUUUGUUUACGCUGUCUCACACUCCAUUUGAGUCCUUGACGGGUCUCACAUGCAGUUUAUUAUUCACUGCACACUAAGGCUGGGAGUUGCUCACUCCCCUUAUGCAAUAAAAUAUCUCUGUCCCCUCAGUCAUUGUCUAUUGAAGGAGAAAUUAAGGCUUUGAGUGAAGUUAGCAGCAAUAGUAUGUGUGCGUGCAUGGACUACUCUCCCAGGAUCCUCAUUCACAAUGUGUGACUGAUUCUGGAGAAGAACUGGGAUAGUCUGUGUUUGGUAGUGGAGACAGACGAGGCUUGGUUUUGCCCUGUGGGCUGUGUCUCAAUUUAUUUGUCUCUUUUCCUCCAUGACAACUGAUGGGCAACAAGACAUACUCAGGCAUUUGGUCAUGAAUGGAAGGAGACUGAUACAGAGCCUUAGGUAGGUGUUUGUGUGUUCUAUGGCAGUGGAGGUAGUGUGUUGUCAGUGAAGCAGGUGGAGUAGUGAAGGUCAGUAUCUAUUCAGGCUGGAGCCUUGACCUAACUGGGGAGAAAGCAAGUCAGGAAAGCAUUGGUAAAGACACUAGCAUUUGGCACAAGUUUGCAUUGUUCACUUAAUUUCUAAGUCGUUUACUUCUAAGGAGGGGAACACAAUGACGUCAUAGGAAAGAGGAAUGUGAACGUAGACACAUGGCGGCUCUCCCCUACAAUUACCUUGUCUAUCCACCCUCUUCCAUUUGGAAACACUGAAAUCUGAACACAUGCAUGUACAGUAGAGCUUUCUCUUCUGCCAAUGAGCCAGUCAGUUCUAUUCCCCUAGUUUGCUCUCCGUUUAUUUAUUUCAUGUCCCAUUUUCAUGUCAUCUCUUGUUUAUCAAUCAUUCAAUUCCAUUGUGCUUGUUGCCCCUCUACAUAUCAUUAAUAUGAAGUUGCUCCCUUUGAGACUGGAUGGAGAUUGUCUGUGAUAAAUGAUCCAAUCUCAAUUGUAUCCCUAAUGAUCUGAAUGUAAGUGGUCUCUUCUCUCUAGUUUCAUGGGCUUUUGUUGUCGGUUAUUGCACUAAGAUUGUACAGAGCUUCUACUAAAAUCCUGUCCCAUCUCACUUGUUUUUUGGACAGUAGUUUUUCUAUGGCAGACCCAUUCUAGGCAUUUGACUUCUGUGCUUGGAGCCCUAUGAUGUCAUGAGUGCUCUUUGGCACAUCUGGGCCGAGGGUUCCACUCAAAGCUAACGAAUGGAGACUAAAGCUUAUGUGUUGAUGUGACCGAGAGAGAGUGUGUGUGUGUACACUUGGAGGAUGUACAGGUAUGUGUGUGUGUAUAUAUAGUGUUGUAUUAAUCCUAGUAACACAGGGCAGAGGCAAUGGGGGUUAAGCUCUGCUGUUCGAUUGGAAGGUUCUCCUGUUUUUGGAGAAGCUUCCCAUGAUGGGGGUGUGUGUAUACUCAUAAUAUUUGUUUAUUUUGAGGCUUUCGUAGUGUCUUUGUUGUUGACUACCGAUGUCAGAUUUUUUUAUUCAAGAAUGGAAGUCUUUAAUGAUAAGUCAAUUGAUUACCCCUAACUUAAUGAAAAGCAAAAACAGUCUGAAAAAUAGUAAGGUGGUUUUUGAUAAUGCUAUGUGAAAUGUGUUCAAUCAGAUAUGAGGAAAGUAGUGGUUGUGGAGGAUGUUUUCGGGUCUGUAGGUGUGUUUGUACUUGGUCUGCAUUAGUUGCUGAACCAACUCUACCCUGAAGCGCAGCACUUUUCACCGCAGGACUUGACACAGUUUCUGUUGAAAGUGAAUGGACUGUUACCCCAAUCUGAAUUAAAUUCCUGGCUUAGCGUUCUCUUAUGCUUAUGAGAAAUAUUGUCAUUAAAAAAAGUUUUGGGAGUAGUAAAACCAAGAAAUCUUUUCAAAUAAUUUAAAAUGCCAUUAUUUUGACGGUGACGAGAUGCAAGUAAUAGAUUAAACUGAUUUUCCCCCCCUCCCUCCCCCAACAGACUUUCUAAUUCAAUGUUUAUUUUGAAUGGAUGUGUGUGAUUGAACAGAUGAUUUAGAGACCGAGUUGAAAGUUUUCUGUUGUAAAGGAGCUGUAUAUACUGUAACUGUGUAAGAUAUUGUACAGUAUAUUCAUUCUGCCUGGUGUGGGAAUAAAGGUAAUGGCUGUUUGUAGUGUUGCUAGCAGCCCAGAGCGUUUGUCUGUCUGUUUGUGUGAGCAAUUGUUGGACACACAGCUGAGGUGAAGGUGAAGGUGAAGGGGUAGGGGUGAUGUCUUUGUAUUAAAUCAAAGGUUAACUAAAUUAAAAUAUUUAUUAGGCAUAAUUAUCCAAACUAAUCCGUUUUAAUGCAAUGUAGGCUGUUUGGGGACGUUGAAGGAUCGUUGAGCUUCCAACACUACAUUUCUGAUGUGAUUUCUCCUGUAAGAUUUAUUUUCUCCCCUCCUGAAUAAAACUGAUUGAGCAAAGUA